AUGAUGUCAGUCGGAAUUACUGUUGACGGCCAUACUACCACAUCAAGAUUAGGCGGGGCUCGAGCCUUCUCCCUCUCGUCUCCUAGUCAUUUGGCAGAGUCACUUCUCAACUCGAGCCCAGGCAGACAGGAGCCACGCUUCAGCGAAAUUACUCGGAAAACUCGAGCCUCAACUUCCUCUCAUUUUGGGCAGCAGAAGUGCCUCUUUCGGAAGCCCCAAAUGACUGAAGGUAAGCCCUCGCUCUUGAGCAUUAGACUGAGACGGCAAGAGUCUGUCGGUCUGAUACACUCGGUCACGCAAGAAACUGUACUGCCUUCUUGUAGACUUUUCGUCUCUGACCCUUCUGAGAUCUACCUCUCCAACUGGCCUUCGUCUCGGCACUAG